AUGGAUCUGGGGGAUUCUAACGGCGCACACGAGCAGCACAAGAUGCCUCGCGCGCUGCCCGCCGACCUCCCCACCUCCCUCAACGACAGGAGACAGCGGCCGACGGAUCUGGUCCAGGAGACCGAGAUGUAUGAUGGCUGGCAAGGCAUGUCUCUGAACCCUCCCUCUUCCCAGUUCCUGACGUCCCCGAUCCUCGCCAAACCGCUGUCCUUCACCGAUCUGACCCUCGACGACGACCGCGCCUACGACGACGACGCCGCCGCCAAGGGCCCCGCCAGCAGCGACACGCGCCUCAUGGAGAUGCUCGCCGCCCAGGCCGCCCACCAGGCCGCCCCGAGCUUUGGCGACGAGGCCGCCAUCCUCGCCGACGACGCCCUGUCCGAUGCCGAGCGCCGCGACAUGCUGCAAAAGGCCCUCAACAUGGCCGCCAGCAACGGCGACGUCGAGCGCAUCGAGCGCCUGCUCGGCGGCGAGGCCAAGGCCCUGCUUGAUAUCAAUGCGGCCGACGAGGACGGCACGACGCCCCUCAUCUAUGCCAGCUGUUUUGGCCACGAUGGCGUCGUGCAGGCGCUCAUCGACGGCGGCGCCGACGUCGACCGCCAGGACCGCAACCAGUGGAGCGCCCUCAUGUGGGCCAUGACGAACCGCCACAAGGGCAUCGCCAAGAUGCUGCUCGACAAUGGCGCGUCGCCCGAGCAGAAGACGUCGUCGGGCCGCACGGCCUUUGACUUUGUGCCGCCCGACAGCGACAUGUCCUUUUACCUCCACGACAGCGGCUACAACAUUGGCAACGCGGGCACCGACGACUUUUACAACCCGGGCUUCGAGCAGGACCGCUUCGAGGAGGAGAUGGCCGAGAACGAGAUGCGCAGGCGCAUGAUGAUGGACAGCGCGCGUGAUCUCGAGGUCGACCUCGGCAAUGUCGGCAUCGACGAUCAGCCAGAGGAACCCGAUGAGUUCGAGGAAGAGCAGCCCGAGUUUGACUGGAGCCGCUGCCUGCACGACCAAAUGUUUGUGUUCCAGGAGCACGAGCUCGACCGCAUCCUCGACAUUGUCAUCACCAACAUGCGCCCGCAACGGUCGCCGACGCAGAAACCGGUCCCCGCCAACAUGAUCUUCCUCAGCGCGCGAUCUACGACGUGGUCGAGGAGUACCAGUGGGACAUGA